UUUAGAUUUCCAAAACACAAUUUUAUAAUAUAAUAUACUUCGAAAGAAAUAAAAAUUGUGAAGUGCAUUCUGUUUUGUUACAAUGGAUGAAACUGAAGGAAAAGAGUUUUCCGAGCUCGGAGUAAAACUGUGGCUCAUUCGUCAGUUAUGCACAUUAGGUAUAAAAACUCCAACACCAAUUCAAAAAGGUUGUAUACCAAGGAUUCUAUCAGGUGAUGACUGUAUUGGGGCUGCGAAGACUGGAUCAGGGAAGACAUUCGCUUUCGCCUUGCCAAUACUACAGCAUCUAGCUGAAGAUCCAUAUGGAAUAUUUGCUUUGGUUCUUACACCUACUCAUGAACUAGCAUACCAAAUUGCAGAUCAAUUCAGUAUACUUGGCCAGCCACUAAAACUCAGGAUAUGUGUGGUGACAGGAGGUUCAGAUCAGUUGGAGGAGUCAUUGAAGCUCGCAAAGAGGCCACACAUAGUGGUGGCCAUGCCAGGUAGACUGGCAGACCACAUUACUGGCUGUGAUACAUUCAACUUGAGGAAAAUUAAAUAUCUUGUAUUGGAUGAAGCUGAUAGGUUAUUUAGUGAAUCAUUCCAAGGGGACUUAGAAACUAUAUUUGAAGUACUACCACAGAAAAGACAGAACUUAUUGUUCUCUGCAACAAUCACUGAUGAUGUAAGAGAAUCAAAGUUAUUGCCUUUGGACAAAGAGAGAUUAACAACAUGGUCGGAGACAGAUGAGACACUGACUGUAUCUACACUGGACCAGCGGUAUGUGGUGUGUCCGGCGUACGCGAGAGAUGUGUACUUGGUGCAGACCCUGAGGAAGUACAGAGAGACCAAGCCCAGUUCUCACAUCAUAGUUUUCACUGAUACCAAAAAGGAGUGCCAAGUCCUCUCGAUGAUGAUGAACUCGAUCGGCAUGGACAAUGUGUGUCUCCACGGCUACAUGCGGCAGUCCGAGCGAGCGGCAGCCCUUGCGCAGUUCCGCAGCAACCUGCGUUGUACGCUCGUCGCUACUGGCGUCGCGGCGCGAGGACUUGACGUGCCUACUGUACAUCUAGUUGUCAACCACAAGCUGCCGCUAGAGCCUAACGAGUAUAUACACAGGGUGGGCAGAACAGCGCGUGCGGGCCGCAGCGGUCUCGCGAUAUCGCUCAUCACGCCCCAUGAUCUACUGCGACUAGGCGAAAUCGAAGACAAGAUCAAGACCAAACUUAGCGAGUAUAAGAUUGAUGACGACGAGGCUGUAAAGGUGUUUACGACGGUGUCUGUGGCGCGGCGCGAGCAGGAGGCCCAGCUCGACAACGACGAGUUCGAGCAGCGCAAGCGCAACUACAACGUCAAGCGGUGGAUCAUGGCGGGCGUUGACCCAGACCAGAUGGAGCAGGGAUUAGAAGAAAUGAAACGUAAGCGCAUAAAAGCGGCGAAAAAGGCUAAGUUAGCCAAAAUAAAACAAAUUCAGGCGCAAUUGAAAAACGAGGAAGCAAAAAGCGAGGAAAAUCGCUUGCAGCCAGACAUAGAAGAUAUUGAUCAAACAAUCAAAGGAGAAAUGAAGAAGGUUAACAAAACGUUCAUGAAAAAGGACCCGAGGUUCAAAGAUUUUAUCGGCAAAGUCAGCAAGAUCAAACGAAAAGCAGAAAAUGUACAGAAAAGUACUGAAGAAAGUAGUAAAAAGACGAAAAGGAUUAAGAAUAAAUAAGUAUAGUUAGCGAUUCA